AUGGGAUAAUGUGUAUGUUCUGAAACUGUACCUGUAAUAAGUGAAAUACCUCCACUGGCAUAUACUCAAAAGGCAGAAGUCAUAAAAGAGCACUUAACUAUUUCAGAUGAACCACUAAUACAAGAUGAUUUAGAUAAAAUGCAAUCUCAAACAAAGACAAGAUAAACAGAGUGUUCUUAAGUUUUCGAGUUUCACAAACCAAAUUGUAAGAUUGCUGUGUUGACAAAUGAAUUAUUCUAAUCUUCUUCUCAAAAAGUCAAGGUAUAAUAUAAUUAGAAUAAAGGAACUUCUAGGUAAAUUGGGAGCUUAUGAGGAUGAAUGUGUAGAAACAAGUAACCAAUAUGUAUAUGAAUUAAAAAAUGGGAGUUUAUAUAAAGGAGGGUGGUUAGAAGAUUAAAAGAGUGGAAAAGGUUAAUUAAUUGUUGUAAAAUUUAGUAGGAAUUGAAAUAAUGAAAAAUGGUUCUCUAUUUGAAGGUUAAUUUUGUCAAGGAUAAGCAAAUGGAAGAGGGAGAAUGUUAUAUUGUGAUGGUGAUUAUUAUAUUGGAGAUUGGGUUGAUGAUUAACGUAUAUGUAAAUGAUAAAUAUGAGAUCAUGGAUAUGGAGAAUAUUACCAUUAUGAUGGAUCAUUGUAUAAAGGUUAAUGGUUCUAAAAUUUGUAACAUGGUGAAGGAUUUGAAUUAUUUUGUGAUUAAUCAACAUAUAAAGGAAGUUUUUAAUUUGGGAAAAGAUCAGGAUAUGGUAUUUAUAGAUUUAGUGAUGAAUGUAUUUAUAAAGGUGAAUUUAAAAAUAAUUAAUUUAAUGGAUAUGGGUAUGAAUUAUAGAUUAUAUUUAGUAUUUUUAAUUGGGCAGAUGGUAGAGUUUAUGAAGGAGAAUGGAAAGAUGAUAAGAAAGAUGGAAAGGGUAAAAUGAUUUGGGCAGAUGGAACAAUUUAUGAAGGGGAAUAUAAAAAUGAUAAGAAACAUGGUUUUGGAACAUUAAGAUGGAGUAUUUAUGAUUGAAAUAUAGUUAGUUGAUAAUAGAUAAUAUAGUGGAUAAUGGGAGGAUGGAAAAUAGAAUGGAUUAGGAGAGUAUAGAAAUAUUUAAUAGGGUAAUAGAAAGGGACAUUGGAUAAAUGGAAAAAGAGUUUUAUGGUUAGAUUGA